GAGGAGGGCGGGGAGGAGGGCGGGGUGAGUCCCACGCGGAAGUCAGGUAGGACAGCUGGGCGAGCUCCAGGUCGCACUCGGGUUCCCUGCGGCGCUGGGGCUGCCUCACCUCAGGACCCUCCGACCCUGAGCCCUGCGCGACCGCCGGCAUGCGGGGAGAAGAGAGUCUCCGGAUCUUGGUGCCGACUGAAGGUGACAGCCUUCCGCUGAUGGACAUGAAUACGUGUGAGACCAAGACCCCUGAGUUGUGGGACUAUGUCCUUGUGGUCGAUCGUCGCACCCAGAGAAACCCCGGGCAGGUCCAGCGGCAGCAGCAGUUCCUGGAAGAGCUUGAGAACCAAGGCUUUCACUACAAGGCAAUGGAGGACCAGGAGAAGGAGUUCUUUGGGAUCCGAGCUGACAACAGGAUCUUUGACCGGUACCAGAGACUUAUGGAGCCCGAGGAUACUGUCCCCAGAGGGGAGCUGUCCAGGCCAACUUCCAUCCAAGCCACCAACAGAAUCCGAAUUGUCAACUUUGUCCUGAAGAGCAAGAUGGCAGCGGGUGACACGCUCCAGGAUUUGGUGAAGGAUGGGGUCUUUGAGGACGGGUUCCCCUUGCACAAGGGGGAGGAACACCUAAAGAAGAAAUGGGCCCGGUGGAGAAGCAUGUUCCAAAGGCAGCCAAUUAGUGAUAUCAGGGACUACUUUGGAGAGAAAGUGGCCUUGUACUUCGCCUGGCUCGGCUGGUACACCUACAUGCUGGUGCCCGCCGCAGUGGUGGGCCUCGUCGUCUUCCUGAGCGGGUUUUCCCGAUUCGAAGCCAGCCAGAUCAGCAAGGAGAUCUGCAAGGCCCACGACAUCUACAUGUGCCCUCGUGGCGACCAUAACCGCAGGUUCCAGCGGCUCUCAGACACCUGCGCCUAUGCCAAGCUCACCCACCUCUUCGACAACGAGGGCACCGUGCUGUUCGCCAUCUUCAUGGCGCUGUGGGCCACCGUGUUCCUGGAGAUGUGGAAGCGGGAGCGAGCCCGAGUGGUCCUGCAGUGGGAGCUGUACGGCUGGGACGAGGACCAGGAGGAAAUGGCUCUGGGGCUCAUCAACUGCCCGGACUACCAGCCGCGGCUGCACCAGCACUCCUACCUGCGGAGCACCGUCAUCCUCCUCCUGUCUCUCUUGAUGAUCUGCCUCAUGAUCGGCAUGGCCCACGUCCUGGUGGUCUACCGAGUCCUAGCUGCCGCCCUCUUCAACUCGGCCUUGCCCUUCCUGGGGGAGCAGGUGACCACAGCCGUGGUGGUGAGCGGGGCCCUGGUUCACUAUGUGAUCAUCCUCAUCAUGACCAAGAUCAACAAAUAUGUGGCCCUGAAGCUUUGUGACUUUGAGAAACCCAGGACCUUCUCAGAGCGAGAGAGCAAGUUCACUAUCAAGUUCUUCACUCUGCAGUUUUUUGCUCACUUCUCCUCCCUUAUCUACAUCGCCUUCAUCCUGGGCAGGAUCAAUGGACACCCCGGGAAGACGGUGCGCCUGGCAGGGCUGUGGAAGCUAGAGGAGUGCCACCUCAGCGGCUGCAUGAUGGACCUGUUCGUGCAGAUGGCCAUCAUCAUGGGUCUGAAGCAAACGCUCAGCAACUGCAUGGAGUAUCUGAGACCGUGGCUGGCGCACAAGUAUCGCUCCUUGCGGGCCCUGUCUCAGGACCCCGAGCUGGGCCACUGGCAGCGCAACUACCGCCUGAAUCCGGUCUACACCUUCAGCCUGUUCGAUGAGUUCAUGGAGAUGACAACCUCGUGGAGAUCCGCCUGGAUGCCAUCAAGAUGGUCCGACUGCAGCGGCGCCUGGUGCCACGCAAGGCCAAGGACAUCGGGACCUGGCUGCAGGUGCUGGAGAUCAUUGGUGUGCUGGCGGUCAUCGCCAAUGGGAUGGUCAUCGCCUUCACGUCCGAGUUCAUCCCCCGCGUGGUGUACAAAUACCGCUAUGGCCCCUGCCGGAGCGGGGCCCAGUCUGAAGUCGAAGGUGGAGGAGGGGGUCUGCACUGCGGCCCACCCUGACGGCCCCCACCACGUUGGGCCGGAUUCGAGCCAGCACCCCGGAAGCCUGAGGGGCCACACCAAGCUCCUGUCCUCUGCCCACAGCUGCUUCACGGGCUAUGUCAACCACAGCCUAUCCGUGUUCUACACCAAAGACUUCCAGGAUCCUGCCAAAAUCGAGGGCUCGGAGAAUGUGACUGAGUGCAGGUACCGGGACUAUUUCUCUGCUCAGGACUCCAACUUCUCGGAGCAGCACUGGUUCCUCCUGGCAAUCCGCCUGGCCUUCCUCAUCCUCUUCGAGCACGUGGCCUUAUGCAUCAAGCUCAUUGCGGCCUGGUUCGUGCCUGACGUCCCACAGUCUGUGAAGAACGAAGUCCUGAAGAAGAAGUACCAGAGACUGGAGCAAAAGAGCUGCAGCUCCAGGAGCACAGACGUGUAGGGGACCCGGAGCAGGCAGUGCCCGGAGACCCAGGACUCAGGAGCUGCCACCACAGCCUCCUACCCCAGCCUGGCUGGCUGUGUGUGGGGAGCUUUAGGAAGACGCGACUACAUGCGGGGGCCCUGGGAGCCCCUGUGUGUUUGGGGUGUCUGUGAACUGCACACUCGUCCGUGGUCUACGAGGCCUGUUCCAUGUGUUAGGUCUCAGGCUUGGUACUGCCCGACUUGAACUCUGAGUGACUCUGUCCCCCCUAGAGCUGGGGGGGAGGGCGGGCAGCGGCAGGGGCUCCCGAGCAGUCACAGUGCAGGGGGGCUGGACUCUUUCCUGGGCUGCCCUCUGACCCCUGGGCCCCAGAUCUUGCCCCACCCCCUGGCUCCCUUCAACCAGCAGAAUUUUCUAUAAUAAUAAAAACUUUGCUGUAGA